GGCAAGGGCGGGAAGGGGCUCGGCAAAGGGGGCGCCAAGCGCCACCGCAAGGUGCUGCGCGACAACAUCCAGGGCAUCACCAAGCCGGCCAUCCGCCGCCUGGCUCGGCGUGGCGGCGUGAAGCGUAUCUCGGGGCUCAUCUACGAGGAGACGCGCGGCGUGCUGAAGGUGUUCCUGGAGAACGUGAUCCGCGACGCCGUCACCUACACCGAGCACGCCAAGAGGAAGACGGUGACGGCCAUGGACGUGGUGUACGCCCUUAAGCGCCAGGGACGCACCCUCUACGGCUUUGGUGGUUAAACUCCGGUGCUCUCAAACCUUACAUUGUUAAAAUACCAAGGCUCUUUUCAGAGCCACCCACAAAUCUCAUAAUACGAGCUGUGAAUUACUGAACUUAAUUUUUGGA